AUGUUGCUGCUUCAGGGCAAUCAUGGAGCAUUUUCUCCUGAACUAGAUGAUGUGGUACCAAGGGGAAAGAUGAAGACUCUCCUGAUGUUUCUCAGUCUGUUCGGUUGUUCCAUUGCUAUGCCUAUGCAUAUGCCUCGCAUGGGUGGAUUUGGCAGUAAGAGCGAAGAGAUGAUGCGAUAUGGACAGUACAACUUCAUGAACACACCACAGAUGGCACACCUCGGUCCUCUGUAUGGAUACAACAUACGACUUGCCCAGCAGUUUCCACAGCUCCAGAUGCCAGUGUGGCCCCAGCCACCACCAAACACAUGGCUUCCCCAGCAGCCCAUGCCGCCAAAUAUACCAAGACCACAGAUGAAGGCUGGGGAGGGCCAAGAAACUUCAACGCCCAGUCAGCCACUGCCAACAAAACCGAUGGGCCCAACAAUUUCACCGACAAAGUCGACUGUGAAGAAGCCCCCUGAGAGUCCUCCUCGGCCAAAAGAAGAGGAUGAACAGCCUCCACACUAUCCCCCAUUUGGUAAUGGAAUGUUUCCUUUUCACCAACCACCCUGGCAAUAUCCACAGCGUAUUCCCCCAGGAUUUGGACGUCCACCAGUUAGCAAUGAGGAAGGUGGGAAUCCUUAUUUUGGCUAUUUUGGGUAUCACGGAUUUGGAGGGCGAAACCCAUAUUAUUCAGAAGAGAUGUUUGAACAAGAUUUUGAACAACCGAAAGAGGAAGAUCCACCCAAAGUGGAGAGCACGACCUCAGCCCCUCCUGCUAACACCACAGUCCUGGAGAAUAAUUCGACUCAACCAACUGUACCCAGCCCAGGAGGGAGUCAAGGUGGGAAUGAUACCAGCCCAACAGGAAAAGAAGCUCAAGCUCAGAACCCUGGGAACAACCAAGGAGUAUAUCCUGGAGUUAACUUGACUCCUACUGUUAAUGCCUCAGGUUAUGAUGUACCAGGAAACCAGAUUCCUCAGGUCUCAAAUCAGCCAAAUGUUUUUGAAAACUCUCCAAAUCCUAAUUUUAGAAGUUUCCCUGUGAACAGACAAUGGAGCCAAACAGGACUCCCUUUGGGGCCUAGAAUUAAUGGCCCUUUUUAUAGAAAUUAUCCCAAUCAACGGAUUUAUCCAUGGCAUAAUUUAGCCUAUGUAAGCAAACAAAUAGCUCGCCCAGGAAACACAGCUUACCGAAAAGUUUAUCCUGCCAUUUCUAAGAACAAUUCUCCCAAUCAUGUAUCAAAUGCAGCAAAUAACAGGAAAAAACCCCAGAGCCCAACCAAAAACCCUGAAGAAACAAAUGGUGGGUCAGCAGAUCCCACGCAUGACACUGUCCAUAGAGAUGAGCAGACUCAAAACCCAAGAGAGAAUCCAGUGACCCAGAAAGAAAGAACAACCUUUCCAACAAGAAUUCCCACCAGUACCUGGAGAAACUCACAGGCUUAUGAAACUAACAAAUCAAAUUAUAAAUUACCUCCUCAAGAGGGCAACUCUCCACUACCAAGUGUCAAUUCAGUUGACCAACAUGAAAAUUCUUAUUAUCCAAGAAUCGAUUCCAGGAGAUUUCCAGCUGGCAUACAAACACCCAAUUUUCCUAAGGGAAUCAUUUCAGAACCAAGAAAAGAGCCAUCUGAUGCUGAAAUUAACCCACCAGAAAUGAAACAAGGAACCCACCAGUCUACAUAUGCUGAGGAAGGCCCCUAUCUUCCAAGAGAACCCUUUUUUCCUGCAGCUAACACAUGGAACCCCCAACAAGGAGCUCCAGUUUUUGAGGAUGAACCUCUGAGGCAGGAAGGACCUUUACUUUAUCCAGCCCUUGGAGUAAGAGGAAAUAUUCCCUACCCUGAAUACAUUCCCUAUGAUCCCAGAGGGAACUCUCCUUAUGCUAGAGGUAGUAUGUGGGACGAGCGAGAUGACUUUCCCGGUACUUUCAGACCAACAGGACAAGCAGGAAACCCAUCGUACUCCCCGAACACUCCUCCAAGUCAGAGACGUCCAUCAACUAAUAAUGAGGAUGAUCCAAUUGACCAAACGGGUGAUGAGAUUUACCGGGGGCCCAAUGCAUGGGGGAAGGAAUCCAAUUUCAAAGAAAGUCAAGUUAGGUACCGUCAAAAAUACCUGUAUGCCUCAGGUCAUCCAUCUGUGCCAAAGGACUACCCCCAACAUUCCACAGAUAAUUUAUUGAAACAAAGAAAUUCUCCUCAUGGUGAAUAUUAUCCCUGGCACCCAGAACAUGUUCCAUCAUACAAUAUGGCUCCUCCCCUAACCCCACCAAGAGAAAACAAUGGGUAUUAUUAUCCUGCUAAUGCCUUUGAACAGGAAGAGAGAGAAUCUUGGGAUCAAAAGAAUUAUGUCCCAGCACAGAAAGAAAGAGUGCCAUAUUACAGUAGAAAUUUCUGGGGUCUGGCCACCAGUUUACACAAAUCCACAGCAAAUUCCCUGAGUCAAAGAGAAGAUCAGCCCCUCUCCAGCAAUUUUCCAGUUGGGCUUAGAGGAAACCCAACGUACCAAGAAGGAGAAAGCCUCAACUAUGGCAGCGAGCAAAUUAACAGGGUAAAUUUAUCAGAGAAGGGACAGCUUGCUGUCACAGAAUCUAUGAUUCCCAACAGCCCAAUAAAUCAAGAAGAAGUAAAUUCAUAUCCCCCAGCCAGCCAAAGAUAUCCCUGCUGCGCUGGUGAUCCAGCAGGGUUCAAAGAUAGCCCUCUUGUACCACUGGACUACUUUCCACCCUUCGGUCUUGUCUCAGGAGAAAGAAAUUCAUUUUAUGCAGAAGGCAGUCAUACUAAGCAUGCUAGACAUAUCAUCUAUCCCCCAGGCAUCCAAUCCAACCAACGAAAUAGUUCAGAGAAAAAUCUACCUGAAAAAGAAGAAAAUCCAGAUGCCUUCAGGGAUGAUACCGUCACCUUGAAAAAAAACACUCCGUGUUCUAAAAGGAACGAAGUAGAACAGACGGGAAGUAGGGUUUUUUCUGAAGCUGACUCCCUCCAAGCAAACACACCCUGCCGCAAAAGUAACUUCAGAGGCGAUGGAAACAAUGUCCUGGCAAAAAUCUUUGGCACAGGCCAGUUCAAUGAAAGAACAAAUAAUCUUAUUCCUGAGGAGCUCGAGGCUCCUAAAGAAAGCCCCAGGCCAGAAAACAUCCAAAGUGAAGGGGGAGGAAAUGAGGGUCGUGUGAAACAGAAAGGAGUGCCGAUUAUCCAACAGGUACCAUGUCUCCACUCCAAACUGGAAAAGCAUUUCCCUUCCAGUACGGGUCCUCCACUUGACAAGAGAAGACCAGACCCAUCAGAGGGAGAGCCAGAAAUGGUCUCUGCCCAGCCCAGCAGCACAUUGAAUGGAUUGGCAGCCAGGGAGCAACUUAGUGGUACCAAUAUUGACCCAUUCAUCUCCUCGGAGCCGCCUCUUUCCUUUCCAUCUUUUCCCAAAGAGAUUCCAAGAAAUGCAGAGCUUCAGAUGCCAGACUGCCUACUGCUUCAGAGCUAG